UCUGAAAAUGACUUUCUUACAACUAUAUUCGAUAACAUGGACCCAUAUUUGGAUACGUAUGCUGUAUAUUCUCAACUCGUGGAGGCUGGCUUUACACCAUCACAAGCCGAUGAAAUCAUUAACUUCUUGGUUGUGCAAUUAAACUCCAAGCUAUCUAAAUUAUCAACAAAAUUUGCUCAAGAGUACGAAUUGGAGAAUGAAAAGUAUCUCUUUGAAAGCGCUCAACAGGAAUUACGUGUAGACAUCACAAGAUCCAGAGAACAGCAUAUCAACGAGUUGAUCACCCUUAUUAGUAUUUUGGAAAGAGAUUUCCGUGUGAUAUCAGAUGAGUUAAAUAACGAGUUUCUUCAGCUGAACAACGAUGUCCAGGUCGCUAUCAACGACCAAAAGUCGGAAAACACAUUGCAAAGUAAGAGAAUAAUCUUGAAAAUCCAAGAGACCAACCAUAAAAUCACCACCGAAUUAAAUUCAGCGAUGAGGUCAGAAAUCGAAAGUUUGAGAUGGCAUCUUUCAAGAUGGGGAGUGAUUGCUAUCCUUGUCUCAGUUUUUUCAGGAUGCGCUGCUUUCUAUGCUCAAAGAGCAAAAGCAAAUAGAGAAGAACAGUCCAAGAGCGACUUCGUUCCUUUGGUUAUCUACGAACCAAGUGAAUAUGACGAUGACGACUAC